AAGUGGCGCAAAGGCGUGGGAUUUACAGCGCAACGUACAACUGACACUCCCCUGAAGCAUCAGAUCCAAAUCCAACCGAGAGAGAGAGAGAUGGUGAAGUGAGAAGAGAGAAAUCGCCAUGGAUGAUCGAUUUUGCUUCAGCUGCAGGACUCGGCUUCUUCUUCUUGCGUGGCUCCGUCGUUCUCGUUCUCCAGGAAGAAUAGCAUUUAUUAGACGCUAUGGUUACAAGGAAAUAGUGAGAGCAACAGACAGUUUCCGCUGGAUUAUCUACGAUAAUUAUCACGGGUCUGCUUAUAGAGCCAGAUUCAAGGAUGGAGAGGCGGCUUUGGUCAAAGAAGUAAGAUCUCUGGAUCUCGGACAAGAAAGCUUCUACGAGGAAGUGAAACUCUUGGGGCGUUUACAUCACCGCCAUCUCCUCACGCUUCGUGGGUUUUCCACCGGAAACAAGAGACUGCUGGUUUUUGACAACAUAGAAAAUGGAAGUUUGAAAGAGCACCUCAACGAUCCUCUCAGGACUCCUCUGAAUUGGAAGGCUCGCCUCCAGAUAGCCAUUGGAGUCGCAGCUGCACUGGAAUAUUUGCUUCUUUUCAGCAAUCCUCCGAUGUACCAAGUGUCCAUAAGCUCAAGUAACAUCAUGUUGGACGAGAACUUCACCGCAAAGAUUUCGGAUGUCCGGCUCAACAGAGAAUCCAGAAGCCACUCCAAGGCUCCCAAUGUUUCUUGCUCGGAAGCAUCUUGUUCAGAAGAAGAAUCAAGCAAUGUGAUGUUCCAACUAGGCGUACUGAUGUUAGAGCUAAUAACGGGGCAAUCAUCGGACCAACAAGGAGAAGACUUGAUAGAAUGGGUCCAAGACUCGUCAUCGAGCAACGGGAACUCGAUCGAUAAAAUGAUCGAUCCAGAUUUAGGUAACAGCUACAGUUCUAGGCAACUCCAUAAACUCCUAGCCGUUGCUCGGCUCUGUGUAAAAUCCAGGUACGAACCUUCUUCAUUCUCCAUAACACAUGUAUACAGGUAUCUUGAGAAGAAGAUUGGUACGGAUACGUAGCAUUUUCCAAUUGAAAUAAAAUUACCUUCACCCGCUACACAAUUUCAUUAAAUAGUCUACAGAUAGAAUUUCAGAAACUAUAGUUUCAUGUUGCAGAGUUUUGAGCUGAGUUAACGACGGUGUUAUUUGUAAAAUACCAAUGGGUUAUAAAUAAAAUGGUAUAACCUAUUGGGUUGGAUUGGUUCUGUUAUCAACAAAAUAAAAUCAAUUAAUUGGUCGGUUUCGUUUGAUCAUA